AUGGCAGAGACUUCAUCAACGCUGAUAGCCUUCUUCUUCCUCCUCUCCCUCGCUGUCAUCACCGCAACUCUACCUUCCACUCUGAUCGAAGAACUGAACAAGCCCCCGCCGCCGGAAUUCACUGCACUCGUCUCCAACUGCGCCCGAGACCCGUCUCUCCGCUAAUGCAACGCUGUGACCACUGACCUCGCCGGCAUCUACAAGUCCACCGUCGUCGCUCGCCAUCUCUGCGCUGAGUCCAGCAAUCCGGACUGCAACUUCUCCUUCGCCAAGAUCGACCUCUGGUCGCGCCCCCGCGUCGCACCUCUGUACCUCUCCUUCGCCUUCCUCUGGUCCUACUGCCCCUCCUCGAUACGGACCAUCGACCUCGCCAACAACUCCCUCCAUGUCGCGUUCCCGUCGGAUGUGCUCCGUUGCUCCCAGAUCCAGUCCCUCGAUCUGAGCCACAACCUGCUUGUUGGGGACGUUCCUUUGGCGGGCCUCGCGAGCCUUGCGAACCUCUCCUUCUUGAACCUGUCUUACAAUCGAUUCUCCGGGUGCAACAGAGAAGGAGUCGAACUCUUCAGGAGGUUCGACUCGUCAAGCUUCAUUCAUUCGGGACUCCUGCCGGGGGAUCACCGCCAUAGUUCCGAGAUCACGGCGACCAUCUUGUUGCUGGUAGGAGUCUUGGUCUCAGUCCUAUCGGUGGUUGGCUUAAUCGGCCAGCUGCUACUGCGUUAGAGGAGAGACAAGUUCACGACGGCAAUGCUACGGAAAGCAACCAAUGGGUUCUCGGAGACUCUGGUGAGGAAGGCGGACGGGGAAGACGUGUACAUAGUAAGACUAAGAGAUGGAGCAGAAAUCGAGGUUCAUGUGCAGAGAGGAAAUGCUUUUCGUCGAACGUUCGGCGAAGAUUGCAGGAUUCUUGCGCAACUGAGGCACAAGAACGUAGCCAAGGUGAUCGGGUGGUGCGAUCGGAGGGAUAUGCAAGCUGUAGUGACGGAAGGCGUCCAUGUCCGCAGCGUGGAGGAGUGGUUGGUGGUGGCUCCGCCAUGGAAGCAAAGGCUGAAGGUGAUGAUGGGGGUCAUGGACGGCAUCUGCUACCUCGACGAACACUGGCCUCGCGUUGGGUACGACCUGAGGACCAGAAGCGCAUUGCUGAGGGAAGACAUCGAGCCUUCGAUCUGCAAGUUCAAGGUCCGAAAUCCGGAUUCCGAAUCCACGAACGUAUACUGGCUCGGCAUGUUCGUCUUGGAGGUGGUGGCCAACAAGAGGCCAAGGGAAGCUUUGGAAGCAAGCGAAACAGGGUUCAUAGAUUGGGUGAGGCUGAAGUGUCCUGCACAGAUCAAGAAGGUGGUGGAUGAGAAGAUGAAGAAGCUCACUGCGGCUUCUUUCGAGCAAAUCAAGCAGGUCACCGCCAUCGCCUUGGAGUGCACCGACGUAUCAGCCGAGGGAUCGCCGACCAUGAAGCACGCCUCGAGGAUGCUUCGUAGAGCUUGUGUACCGAGCUCGGCGCAGGCCGUUCAUGGCCAUCAUCAUCAUCACCACCAUCAUCAUCAACAGGCAUGA